AUGAAGUUUUCCACCAUCUCCUCCUUCCUCUCCGUCGCUGGCAUUGCGGCUGUCACUGCUGCGGACGCUGUCUCUUCCCAGACUUGCGUUCCCUACGACGGCAUCUGCUUCCAGAAUGGCGUAGACUACGGCGCUUGCUGCGGUGAUGGCAUUUGCGCUGGCUCUCGCUGCCGCAACCCCAAGACUGAGACUGGCGCCGCCCACCACACCAAGACUACUUCCACCUCUACGGCCCAGCCUACUUGUGUCCCCUACGACGGCAUCUGCUACCUCAACGGUGUCGACCACGGCGCUUGCUGCGGCGAUGGCAUCUGCGCUGGCUCUCGCUGCCGCAACCCCAAGACCGAGACUGGCAAGCCCGCUCCUACCACUACUGGUGGUGGUGCCGUUAUUACUCAAAUUUCCGACGGCCAGAUCCAGGCCCCCACUGGCGCCCCCACCGUUCCCGUUGUCGCCGGCGCCGGCAAGGCUAUUCCCGGCUUGGCUGCUGCUGGUGCAGCUGUCGCUUUCCUCCUGUAA